AUGGUCAUCAAUACUAGAUUUAAACUCAGCAAACAGACAUCCAAGGUACUCCUAUCCAUCACAUCAAUUUAAGGCAUUGCAUCCCAAUUUGAAACCUAACUCAACGACAAGGAUGAAGUACUACUCUACAUCAAAGAACUAAACUGCAAUGGAUAAAACAUCAAGACAAACAUCGCAAUCAAUAUGAAACAAUAAAUUCAAAAGUCAACAGAAUCUGCUAUUCUAUACAAACAAAUUAAAAAGAAGAUCAAAAAAUUCAACCAAGUUUUUCAAAAAUCAGGCUAAAAACAGUUACUAACCAAAGAAAUCAUCCAACAUGGGUUAAAAAAGGAUCAAGAACAAGUACCUCGCAAAAACUCAGAAUCCUUAACCAUCACCAACAACGAUAUCAGCUACAUCAAAUAUCUUGAAUCAUUGAGCAAUGGCAUAAGCAAGAAAUACGUGAUUGAGUUUUUCAAAAAAUAGAAAAUCAGAAGUGAGAAGUUCAUUAAUAUAAUGUACCCAUCACUUCAGAUUGAGUAAGAACUAUUUGAAUUUUAAUGA